AUGAAACAUCAUGAUCUUUACCUGCUCCGGAAACAUUUGAAGCUUUGGAACAAUAAUGCUCCGAAAUCAAUUGGUAAGGGUACUUCACUACUAAGUCAAAGGCGACACUCUCAUAUCGUUUCAUUUUCCAAAUACACAAAGGCUGAAAGAAGCACCCUCUCGAUGCUCAAUAGAAGCACAGACAAAGAUGUAGAUUUGUUGAUCAAGAAAGGAAUAAUUGAGAAUCAGUUAAGUGAUAGAAAUGCAGUGGCUGAAAUGUUCAAUGGUCUUGGAGUUAAUACUUGGAAUCAGUUAAGGAGGUUCUUUGCUCCCUCUCCCGGUUCCAAUAAAGAUGUGGAUUUGUUGAUUAAGAAAGCAAUAAUUGAAAAUUGGUUAGGUGAUAGCAAUGCAGUGGCUAAAAUGUUCAAUGGUCUUGCAGUGAACAUUUUGACUUCAGAUUUUAAUGAGAAAUAUUCUUGUAUUCUUAAAGGCUUGAAUGAUUUCUGUGAGAAGCCUUGGAACAUAAAAGUAGCAACUUUGAAGCGCGACUACUGCAACACUCCGUGGAGGACGGUAGCUUCCAUUACUGGCAUUUUUCUGCUUAUUCUCACCGUUGUUCAAACAAUAUUUUCGAUCCUCCAAAUUUAA